CUCCUCUCCUUCCAGUGUAUUGGUUGCCUAUUUCGUCUCUCCGUAUAUUUUUUUGGAAUAAUCUAUAGCAUCAUCUAGUCCUACCCUUCCAUCAGCCGUUGAUAGUAAUGCGGGUCACCUCAUCUGCGUUCCUCUUCUUGCUCGCUGCAUUGGGCCAGCAAACUACGCAGGCACUCAGCAGUGAUGUGCAAGGUGCCAUCCAGAGAGUGGUCAAGUAUCCAGCCGGGGUCAAUAUCAAGCCUGGGUCCUUCAUCGUCGAGCUUGAGGGCGAACCAGGCAGUACUGAUGUGCGUGCAGCUGCCACCAGCGCCACCUCAAGCUUUGCCAAGUCAGUGCCCAAGUUCAUUGUGGACAAGCAGUACAACACGUUGUUCAAUGGGUACUCCGUUAGGGCCGACAAAAACUUCGACCCAGCACAACUCGCGUCACUGCCAGGCGUCAAGCGUGUGUGGCCAGUCAAAAUCCUAACAAUUCCCGUGCAGACAUCGCCAGUGAACAUCACGUACCCGUACCUCCACCAUGCUACUGGUGUUGAUGCUGUUGUGCAGAACCUCGGGUUCACUGGAAAGGGCCUGAAGAUCGGUAUUAUUGACAGCGGUGUCGACUUCAACCACCCCGAGCUUGGCAACUGCUGGAAGACCUCUGGCUGCAUGUGGCAGUUCGGCUCAGAUUUUGUCGGCGAUUUGUACAAUCCAAACGAUGCCAAUCCGAUUAUCACCCCUGGUCCUUAUCCGAUGGACUGCGCAGGCCACGGAACCCAUGUUGCUGGUAUUAUCGCUGGUCAAGGCCCCACCGUCAUUGGUGUCGCUCAAGAUGCCACCAUGGGCAUGUACCGCAUCUUCAGCUGCCCUGUAGACGGCAAUGUGUCGUCAUCUGACGACCUGAUCAUCUCUGGUAUUGAAGCUGCGUACAGGGAUGGCGUUGACAUCAUGUCCCUGUCGUUGGGCGGUGGUGGCUGGCCAGAGGACCCAACGGCUGUGGCCUGUUCGAACAUGGUCAAGAAGGGCGUCGUUGUCGUCGCUGCCAAUGGAAAUGAGGGUGCUGCUGGCCUGUUCACCGCAGGAUCGCCUGCUCUUGGCCAGGGCGUCAUCAGCGUUGGGUCGAUUGACAACUGGAACAACACAGGCGGUGCCAUUGAUAUUAUCGCAGGUGCAGGAGACAAGUCAAUCUCAAGCUCAACGCCAGGCAAUGCUGAUGUUCCCUUUGUGUUUCCCGACCCUGUGUCUCUAGCGGGCGUAUCCAACUCGACAAACAGCAAUCUGGGCUGCGCCACGAUCAGCCAGGACUUGAAGGGCAAGGUUGCGCUUGUCCAGCGUGGCAAUUGCACGUUCAACGAGAAGGCAGUCAAUGCCCAGGCUGCUGGGGCAGUUGGCGUCAUCAUUUACAACAACGUGGUGGGUAUGUUCAGCCCUUCGGUUACAGACGAGACGGUGGAAAUUCCUUUAGUUCUCAUUUCUAAAGACGACGGUGCAUAUGCAGUCAGUGCCCUGACUAGUGGAGGUGUCCGAAUCAAGGCGCCCAAGGGCAGCAUUAUCACUGUGCCUAGCUCUACCGCCGGCCAGAUGUCCGAUUUCAGCUCGUAUGGACCUGGACCUGAACUUGAUAUGGCACCUUAUAUCUCGGCACCCGGUGGCAACAUCUAUUCGACAUAUCCACUCAAGUUUGGUGGCUACACGUCGAUGUCAGGAACCUCGAUGGCUACACCGUACAUCUCGGGCACAGUUGCACUGCUGAAGCAGGCAUUCCCAAGCUACAGCGUAUCGGACAUCGCACAAGCUCUCGUAAACGCUGCCAAGCCCCGUGAUGACCAGACCAGUGGCAAGAAGAUCCAUCCAUAUUGGAGCGGCGGCGGUCUGGUAAACAUAUACGAUGCGAUCACAGCCCGCGCCCAGGUAUCGCCUUCUCUGAUCCCAAUCAACAACACAAACCAUGGUCGCCUGAGUGGUGUUGCUGGGUUUAGUUCGUCUGCAAAUGUGCGCUGGGCGCGCCGUACUGUAACUAUCAGAAACACCGACAAGAGGAAGUCUGCGCGCAUAUCAUUCUCACACUCGGUUGCCGACUCUCUGACAAACUCCAACGCAGAUGGUACUUUUACAGCUGUGCCCCGUGUGUGGCCAGCCGAUGCCUCGGGGUCCCAGGACAAGUCGACGUUGCCGCAGGUCUAUAUUCCGUCAUUGUCUGGAUCAAGCUCAGUAGGUGCCGGCAAGUCGCGCAGUGUCGAUGUCUACAUCAUUUCGCCAUACGGUCUGAAGGAAUCUGGGCGGUGGUUCUACGGCGGCUUCCUUAAUUUCACUCUAACCUGGUCUGGAGAGUCUAAGGCUUCGUCGUAUGUCGUACCCUACGCAGGAUUCAACGGAGAUUACAGCAAAAUCGAUGUGCUUGCUGACCCGUCCGAGGGACUGCCUGUUCUUACUGAUAUCAACGGAAAAACUCUCGAUAGCCCGACGACAUUCGGUGCUAAUGGGACGAACCCAAUUGCAGUCAACUGGCGUCUGGAGGUGCCAUCACGUCUCGUUACCCUGUCGCUACAGAACACAAAGAACGUGACCAAAGGCUAUAUUGUUGGAGGGUACAACCCGUAUGUGCCACGCAACCAGCAGACUGCCGACACAUAUCUGUAUCACGGCAUUGUCAACGGCACUGUGUAUAGUGAUGCACAGGGGACCAAGCCUGUGCAGCUUGCAAGGGGAAUAUACACUGUGCGCCUCGAUGCCUUGCGUCCUCUCGGUGACGCCAAGAGCAAGAGCAGCUGCCAGACAUGGGUUUCGCCAGCCUUCUCGGUGGCAUGAUUACGUCAGUGGUAUUAUAAUUACAAUUCCUUUUUAUAUUUGAC